AUGCCCAUGCACAAGGGCUUCCUUCCCCGGGAGGGCUUCAAGGGCGACACGGUGCUCAAGAUCAUCCGCAGCACGGCACUCAACCCGAAGCUCAUCCUCCCCCUGCUCCUGCUGGCCAAAUACACCAAGAAGGGCGAGAACUGGGCCAUAUUGCACCCAAAGGCCUACUCCCGCCUCAAGACGUUGCUGGUAUUCGGUCUCCUGAGGUGGAUCAACAACUACUUCUCGCGGGGCGUUCUGAAUAACUGGGUCAGCGACGAGUAUGACUGGACGAAGGAGAUUGUUCUCAUCACAGGAGGCGCGGGCGGCAUUGGCGGUCAGGUUGUGCAGCUGCUGGCCGAGAAGGGCAUCAAGGUCGUCGUGCUGGAUAUCCAGCCCCUGACCUACACUGCUGGACCUACCGUCCACUACUUCAAAUGCGACAUCACCUCCCGCAAGGCCCUCCCCCGCACCGCCGAGCAAAUCCGCCUCGCCGUGGGCCACCCAACCAUCCUGAUCAACAACGCCGGCGUUGUGCAGGGGCGCACCAUCCUCGACGCGACCGAGCACGACAUCCGCUUCACCUUCGACGUGAACACGCUGGCGCACUACUGGACGGCGCAGGAAUUCCUGCCGCACCUCGUCCGCCUCAACCACGGCAUGGUCGUGACGGUCGCGUCCGUGGCCGCGUGGGUGGCGGUCCCCAACAUGGUCGACUACGCCGCCUCCAAGGCGGCCGCGCAGGCCUUCCACGACGGGCUAACCGCCGAGCUCGGCACGCGGUACGGCGCCCCGCGCGUCCGCACCGUGGUGGUCAACCAGGGGUACACCACCACGCCGCUGUUCGAGGGCUACCACAAUGACAGCCCCUUCCUGAUGCCUGCGCUGCAUCCCGAGACGGUGGCCGAGGCGAUUGUCGCGCAGGUGCUGAGCGGCGAGAGCGGGCAGGUGAUCCUGCCGGAGUUUGCGAGCUAUGCGCUGCCGGCGCUGGCGGGCAUGCCGCAUUGGUAUCAGAACCGGCUGAGGAAGAAGAAUCAGAGGAUCAUGCGGGACUUUAGAGGCAGGAAGGUGGUGCAGGAUGUGGAGGGGUUCUAUGCCGAGCGGGAGAAGGAAGAUGGGACAGGGGAGGAGCGUGGAGCAGGAGAGGUUGGGAGUACUGUGUUGGUUGGAAACGUUUUGGGGGUCAUGAUGAUGAUGGUCAUCGAGCUUGUCCAGGGCGGCUGCAUUCUAAACCUGAUCAAACGCGCCGAGGACGGCAAUGGUCAAACUGUUGACCCCACGCUGCUCUCACCCGAGUCCUUUCGGAUUCGAGUGGUCCCAAUCGAUUUCAACUACAUCAAGGUGCUCUAUGGCCCUUGGCACCCGACGGCACCUGCUCAAUACCCGAGUCUUGUGACAACUGGCAGGCGCGAGGAUGAAAUCUAUAAGAAAGUUAUUCGCAACCAGUGA